AUGUCACCAUCUGCCACCACAGCUAGCCCAAUAGGCCAAUCCAUCCUAAACACAGCAAAGGCCCAAGAUGGCAGAGUGAAACGCAUCCACAAGAUUCCAGAGUUUUCUACCAAAGAAGCUACGAGACAAUGGCAACUGGGACAAAUGGCUGCAGCAUUUCGUGUGUUUGCCAAACUUGGGUAUGCUGAUGGAAGCAGUGGCCAUAUUAGUUUGAGAGAUCCUGUUGAUCCAGAAUCCUUUUGGAUCAAUCCAUAUGGCGUUCACUUCGGGUUAUUAACCGUAUCUGAUAUGGUUCACAUUGAUGAGAAUGGCAAUCGUAUUGGGGGUGCAGAGAAACCUGUCAACACAGCUGGUUUCAUCAUUCACGCUGCCAUUCACAAACGUCGUCCAGAUAUCAACGCUGCUUGUCAUCUUCACAGUCCAUACGGCCGGGCCUGGUCAACCUUUGGCAAGCCCAUCGAAAUGAUCAAUCAGGACAGCUGUAUGUUCUACAACGAUCUCGCCGUCUAUGCCAAUUUUGGGGGAGUCGUUUUCGCCAAGGAAGAAGGCAAUAGGCUUGCUGAUGCUCUUGGAGCCACCAAGAAGAACAUCAUUUUGCAGAACCACGGCCUUCUUACUUCGGGGGGUACCAUUGGUGAAGCAGCAGCGUUCUUCAUCGCUUUGGAGCGGGCAUGCCAGGCACAAUUGCUUGUAGAAGCUGCUGUGGCUCCGAAUGGAUCUCAGCUCAAGAAGUCUAUCGUGAGUGAUGAGGAGGCUCAGUAUACAAAAGACAACACAGGGAGUCCUGAAGCGAUGUAUAUGCAGUUUGAGCCCGAGUAUCAGAUGCUUCUCAAGGAAUCCAAGGGCGACUUUUUGCAAUAA